CUUCCCUGACUGUGCUCUCGGUUUUCCAGCUCCUCUCUGGAGAGGGCUCUGUUUUUAACCCCCUUCCUUCGCUUGCCACCGCUGGGGAACAGAAAAGCAUCCUGGGGAAAGGUCGAUAAUUGUGCCCCUUCCAUGCAUGCCCAAGGAAGAAGAGAGAGAGCCCAGGGAAGAGGCAGCAGUGCAGAAGUGUCUGGCUUGCAGUUCACCCGUGUCAGCCCUGCAAGAGUUGUGGGCUGGAUGUCCCUCCUCUUCUGUACGAAGCGGGGCUGAUCCGCUGUGUGUGUUUGGAGACGGAGCUUCUGGAUCGCUUCUGGACCGACGCUACAUUGCCAGGGGGUGCCAUUUCCUGCGUGGCUAACUGCUGAAUGAAUUCCCCCGCCGUUGAACGCCCCAGCAGUCACUCAUCAUGGUCAACGAGGCCUACGGCGUCGGCCAAGGGGUCGCCAUCAUUGGCAACGGGAACGCCAGCACCAGGUUCGACAGCGGUGGUGGCAGCAGCAGUGGCGGCGAGAGCUCCAAGGACAGCUCCAGGUGCUCCACCCCCAUCCUAGACGCCGAGCGCCAUGACCGCCUGUGCGAGAAAAUGCGGCGGCGGCACGAGUCAGGGGACAAGUGGUUUUCCCUGGAGUUCUUCCCCCCGCGGACGGCCAGUGGGGCUGUCAACCUCAUCUCCAGGUUCGACCGCAUGGGGGCAGGGGGCCCGCUCUUCAUCGACGUCACCUGGCACCCGGCGGGCGACCCGGGCUCCAAUAAGGAGACCUCCUCCAUGACGAUCGCCAGCACCGCCCUCAACUACUGCGGCCUGGAGACCAUCCUGCACAUGACCUGCUGCAAGCAGACCAAGGAGGAGAUCACGGCGCACCUGCAGAAGGCCAAGCGGCUGGGGCUGAAGAACAUCAUGGCGUUACGCGGAGAUCCCCUUGGUGAAGAGUGGCAAGGAGAAGGAGAGGGGUUUAACUAUGCAGCUGACUUGGUGAAGCACAUCCGUUCCGAGUUCGACGAUUACUUCGACAUCUGCGUGGCGGGUUACCCCAAAGGCCACCCUGAGGCAGAGAGCUAUGAAGAGGACUUGAAGCACCUGAAGGAGAAAGUGUCGGCUGGAGCAGAUUUCAUCAUCACACAGCUUUUCUUCCGGUCGGAAACCUUCCUCAAGUUCCUGAAGGACUGCCAGGCCAUGGGCAUCACCUGUCCCGUUGUGCCGGGGAUAUUUCCCAUACAGGGCUAUCAUUCUCUGCGCCAGCUGGUGAAACUCUCCAAGCUGGAGGUGCCUCCGGAGAUCACAGACGUGAUUGAGCCCAUCAAGGACAACGACGCGGCGAUUCGGAACUACGGCAUCGAGCUGGCGGUGACCAUGUGCCGAGAACUGCUGGACAGCGGCUUGGUCCACGGCAUCCACUUCUACACCCUGAACCGGGAAGUGGCCACCGUGGAGGUGCUGAAACGUUUGGGGCUCUGGAAAGAGGACCCUAGGCGCCCCCUUCCCUGGGCUCUCAGUGCUCACCCCAAACGGCGAGUGGAAGACGUCCGGCCCAUCUUCUGGGCCUCCAGGCCAAAGAGCUACAUCUACCGAACUCAGGAAUGGGACGAGUUCCCCAACGGUCGCUGGGGCAACUCGUCCUCGCCAGCCUUUGGGGAGCUCAAAGACUAUUACCUUUUUUACCUGAAGAGCAAAUCGCCCCGGGAUGAGCUCCUGAAGAUGUGGGGUGAAGAGCUGACCAGCGAGGAGAGUGUCUUUGAAGUGUUCAGGUGUUACAUAGUUGGAGAACCCAACAAGGAUGGUCAGAAGGUGACCUGCCUGCCUUGGAAUGACGAUCCACUGGCUCCCGAGACCAACCUCAUGAAGGACGAGCUGGCCAAGGUGAACCGCAGGGGGAUCCUCACCAUCAACUCGCAGCCGAGCAUCAACGGCAAGCCGUCCACGGACCCCAUUGUGGGUUGGGGGCCCGAGGGAGGCUAUGUCUUCCAGAAGGCUUACCUGGAGUUCUUCACCUCCAACGAGAAUGUCAAAGCCCUCCAGACAGUCCUGAAGAAAUACGGCCAGCGAGUGAAUUACCACAUUGUCAACGUCAAGGGCGAUAACAUCACCAACGCCCACGAAAUGCAGCCGAAUGCUGUGACGUGGGGCAUCUUCCCCGGCAGGGAGAUCAUUCAGCCGACGGUCGUGGAUCCGGUUAGCUUCAUGUACUGGAAGGACGAGGCCUUUGCCCUGUGGAUCGAGCAGUGGGCCAAGCUCUACGAAGAGGAGUCCCCUUCCCGCAUGAUCAUCCAGUACAUCCAUGACAACUACUACUUGGUCAACCUGGUGGACAACGAGUUCCCCCUGGACAACUGCCUCUGGCAGGUGCUGGAGGACAUGCACGAGCUGAUGAACUCUCCGCUGGCGGAGCCCUGAGGCAGCCCUGGUGCCGUCCUGUCCCCUGCACAUCUGGCCAGAAGCACCUUCAACUUCGGCAUGCGAGGCAGAGCAGACGCAGCCCACACUCCUAGAGCGUGCCUCUGGCUGUCCCUCCCCGUUGCCUUCCAGUGAGUGGGCCCCCUGCUCUCCCAAUCCCAAAGACCUGAGCAUCAAGGUCCUUGAAUCUGACCCUCUUCCAGUUCUGUUACAAGUCCCCACUUCUGUUGGACCAGGGGGGUUCUCAACCUUGGGUCUCCAGCGGUUGUUAGACUGCGACUCCCAUCACCCCCUGCUGCAAUACUGUGGACGUUGGGAGUUGUAGUCCAGCAGCAGCUGGGGACCCAAGGUUGAGAACCCCUGACCUUAAAGGCAGCUAGACCCCUUCUGGUCUCCCUCGGGACGUCCCCUCGCAGGGAGUUGCAUUCUAAAAUGCUUCCCAGCCGCGGAAUACCUUCUCUAAGUAGCUACUGAUGUGAGCGGUGGCUCUGUAGUCUCUCUUGCCAAGAACUGCCAUGAUGGCAGGGCAUUCCUCGGAGCAGACCGGGACAACCUGUUCUCACCUGCGUCAAGACUGCCCUCCCUCCUCUGAGCCCAGUUAGUGUAUUUAUUUAUUUUUUUAAAAAAGAAGCAGGGUUGAGGAGUCUCUUUCGGUGUCACUACUUUGCCUUCCGGGAGAACAUGUCGGGUAUUUAAGCACUUGUAAAGACAGUUAAAAAAUAAAAAUAAACAAACUUACACUGACA